CGGCCGCGARCGGCUGGCGCCAGAGCUCGGCCGCGAGAGGCAGAAGCAGCAAAUGCUUGAAAUCUCAAUAUCUGAAUUGAGAAACACGGUGACAGAAUUGGAGAAAACACUCAACAGUGUUGAAGAUGAAGGUAAUGAAUGGAAAACCAGAUACGAGACACAAGUAGAAUUGAAUAGACAGCUGGAAAGACAAAUUAUUAAACUUCAAGACAAGACAGAUUUUUUUCGUGGAAAUCCAACAGAUAAAUUGGCCUCUGUUCGUACYUUUGAUCAAAUGCCUGUGGGUUCCUUAAAGCAGGUCCUUAAACAACUAGAAGAAGAAAAACGAAGUCUCCAGAACCAGCUAAAAGACUAUAGACUUAGACUGGAACAAGAAGCCAAGGCUUACCACAAAGCCAAUGAGGAGCGGCGCCUGUACCUCUCUGAGAUCUUACAGAUCUCAGCUACACUUAAACUUCUUGAAAGGCAAAAAACAGAUGCAAUGACAGGGAAGAGAGAAAACAAGGAACCAAAAGAAAGGUGCAGUGUUCCAGGAAACCAGAAGAUGGUUGAUCCAAAAAAAGGAGCAAUUAAAAAGACUGUAGGAGUGAAGCAGCUUCCAAAACUAAAGGGCUGAUUUAGUGUUCUUGCCAAGAACUUCCGAUGACUUUUAUUCUUGUUUUUGUAUGUUUAACUAGAAGUUUCUGAAUUGAAAAUGAACAUUUUUGUGCCGUAUUAUGGUAACAAACCCAAACUGGCAUGCCUUCUUGGCAGCCUUAGAUUAAGCUUACUCUUUGCUUAAUGGAAUUGUUCUUCUAGUUGCCAUCUCUGUUCUGUUAUCUCAGAACCUUCGCAUUCUGGUUUUCAUUUGUGAUUCUGGACAUCAGAGAUAUAAGAAGUUUGGGAAACAUUUGAUUUCUUUAUGUAUUAGGUAGGUCCUUAGAUUUUUUGGCCACAUAGCAACUAUUGAAAACAGCCUCUAAUAGCUUUGACCUCCCAACUGAGAGGAAAAAGGAAGGGUGAUGCUACCUGAAAUGUAAUCUCACUACCCAAAAGAGUCAAUCCAAGGAAGCUCCAUCCAGGAGGCACCUCGCUUCAGUACAGCAACAAAGUGAGUCUGUCAAUAGUUUGGACAAUAUCCGGUCCAAAUGUUUGGACAACUCAAUGUUCUUUCAUCUAUCAUUUUCAAAUUUAUUAUUUAAAAAAAUCCCACCCAAAUACAGUUCAGUAACCAGUCUGAUUUGUUACCUGAUGCCGUACAGUCUCUUUACAUUAUGUGUUAUAUUCCAUGAGCUUUCUUAAACCAGCACAGCAGGCAAACGAGCUCCAGACUGAGGUUUUGAAAGCUACAUUACCACAGAACCCACGUGGAGCCCUUCUUCUGUUUGCAUGGU